AUGGAUGUAAUCAUCCAAUUGGCAGAUAAAACUCAGAAGAAGGCUGAAGGAGUAGUUGAAAAUCUAUUGGUGAAAAUAGGAAACUACUUCCUCCCCACUGACUUUAUUGUUAUGGACAUGGAGGAAAGUUACCUUCAUCCCAUUAUUCUGGGGAGACCAUUCCUAGCCACUACUAGAGCCCUGAUAGAUGUGGAACAAGGAGAGUUAAUCCUAAGAAUAUAUGAUGAACACUUCACAUUCCAUGUGUUCAAACCUACAUCUGAGUGUGAGCCAGAACCUAAGGAGUCAAAAAAUGAUCACAGUAACAUGUGCACAAAGGGAAGUAACAGUAAAUCAGCAGCUGAACCACUGAAACAGUCUUUCGUGAACAAGCAAGAAGUUCAAGAGAUACAGCAACCAAGAGAACUUAAGAAGGAACUGAAGCCACGAGAGUUGGAAGGAGCAGUUAAUGAGGAAGCCCCUGACAUAAUGAUUGAUUGA